AUGGUUACUGGAGGUGCACGAGGCAAAACAGAAAAAGAACUUCUCAAUCUUCUACAAGUUCCGUCUCGUGACAAAUUGGAUCCAUUAGUUAAGCAACUAAUGAGUAUUAGCCGUCUACCUGAAAUCAAAUUGGCUAAUCGGCUCUACCCAGAUGACGAUUUUCCGAUUCUACCCACCUUUAAAAACCGAUUGCAAAAGCUUUAUAACAGUACACUAGUAUCCGUUGAUCUUAAUGCAAAAGAUGCUACGCCUGCUAUCGAUGAAAUCAAUACAUGGGUGUCUAAUCAAACCGGCGGUCAUAUCAAGAAGGCAUUAGACAAAAAUGAUCUUGCUAGAAAUAAAUCAACCACAAUGAAUGCUCUUCUAAUGAUCAACUGUCUGUUAUUUGAUGCAAAAUGGCAAAGAGGAUUUCAAGGACAAAACACCAGAGAUGGCAAUACAUUCUAUCCAGAUAUAGGUCCACCACAAGAGAAAAAACUUACCUUAAUGAUGCGAAAUGGUUUGUUUCCUUACGUUGAUUUAACAUCGGAAAUUGGUGCUCGAAUGAUUCAUUUACCAUUUGAAAACAACGAUCUCAUCUUUACUAUUGUUCUACCAAAUAAAGGUAUUACAUUAUCUCAAGUUGAAUAA